UUUUCUACCCUGUCCAAUAACUCUAGUCAAAACUCUGCUUAUAAGGUUCAUACGUGAUUUUAUUUUACAUUAUUAUCUCUCAGUGACACUGUAAGCUAUCAUUUUGGAGUGUGGGAUAUAUAGUUUAACACUCUGCUAUUAUUCAGGCAAAAAGAAAGAAGGUGGUUUUAUACGAGGUUUAGAUUGGUAAACACUGCUUUAUACUUCAUGAAUUUCCAACAUAAUCUAGGAAUCCAUUUUCAUUAAUCUGUUACUGAAAAUGCUGAGACCUGGAAGGAAGUUUCGUGAAAACCAAAGGUCGCUACAGGCGCUUCUUGCACUGCAAACUAUAAACGAACCAAUUUGCAACAUUGUAAAAAGGAAAUUCGAGACAUUACGGUUACUGUGGCUAAAUGAAGCAGAACACAAAGGUUCUCCGUGUGUAUCGUGCGAGACACAGAACUUAGGUCAAUGUCCAACAAAGACUUUAUGUUAUGAAACUCUAUGUAGAGACUAUAAUACAUCGGAACGCCAAAGGAGAGCAUGCCAAAAUUGUAGCAACUCCAUUGAGUAUUUCAAAACUCAGAUUGUAAAAAGUCACCGAUCAGGAAAACCCAACUGGCUAACGACCGAUCCAAAAUUAUGGUCCUCAAAUGCAAUUGCGAUUGCAAAAUGUUUCAUUCCGCCAUGGAAAGAUAAAAAUACUCAAAGGGCAGAUGGCACCGAUUGCUUAAGUCUUCUUCAUAUCCUUAGGAACUGCAAACAUUGUCAAGACUAUUUCUCAUUCGACGUCACUAGAAGUAACAACAUCCUGAGUCAGACGAUUACGAUUGUGCGUGAAGUUCAACAUUCCGUAGCCGUUAAAAUAAGCAAAAGGCAGUUACAUUGUUUGUUCAGAUGUCUGCGCAGGCUUUUGAAGGAUGGAAAGUAUCUAGUUGACGACCCUUUGGCCAUUGACGCAUUGAGACGGCUCGAAAUGAUUCAGAAAGGAAAGCUGAAUUGUAACUGUGGAAUUGAAUAUUCACUUAUUGUACAGCCUCAAAGCAAACUCACAUCAGAAGUAGGAAGGUUCAAAAGGUAUCCUUCCUUAAGGUCAAGAUCCAGCUCUGCUACGAUUAAUUUAGAAACGCAAUGGGAAAGCGAACAAUUGCUUUUUCAUUGUACAUGUCACACAGAAGACCAGCAAGCAUAUGAAUAUUGCAUGAGGAGAGUUCAAAUGGCACUCGCAAAAUGGUCUUGCGCGGAACAGGUUUACAAUGGAAAAUUUACGUUCUUUGCAUCCAAAAGGGAAUAUCUCGAGACAUUGCUUGAUAAUUCCUGUCGUAUAGAACAAAAGGCUGUUUCAGACGUACGUACUGUUGGUUCGCUUGUCUUUUUUAUUGUUUCGUCGUCUGAUCAAGAACACCUUGAAAGUUUAUGCACUCGGAUCACUGGCCACGAAAGAAAAAGGAAAAAUGUAUGCGUUGCAGUAGUUAGUGAUAGGAAUCCAUUGGAUGAACCAUGCACAGAUCAAACGAGCUGGGGCUUUUUGCGAAGAUGUUCAAAUAUCAGUACUCUUAGAGCUGAUGUUGACGAGCUUUUUGAAAGAUUCAUUUUUAAGAUUUACGAGGCAAACCUGAAUCUGUAUUUUGAGCAAAAAGACGUCACAGGUAUCGUUCACAUUCGACUUUAUGAUAGUUAA